AAAACAGUAGAUGUUGUUAUACAGUUGGUGUUAUACCUGUUAGGUACUAUAACGCGAGAAGGUACCUAAUUAGUGAAAUUAGGUAGUAUACAUAUAUAAAUAAUGAACUCAUAGCUAUGGUUGAGCGCAGGAUUGAAGAAGCUAUAAUAGACGUGUAUUAAAAUGAAUUCGGUUUCGUUUGUGAUUUUUUUUGUCCUACUCAGUUACGCGAAUUGUUAUCCGAAACGAGAAAAGGUGUACAAUACUCGGAUUCCAAGACAAUACCUAGGAGAGCUGCAUUUAAAGGAUGGAAUAAUCAAUGGAACCAUUGGACGUACGUUGAGUGGGCGAGAAUACAUGCAGUUUUAUAGCAUUCCUUAUGCAGAACCUCCGGUGGGAGAGUUACGAUUCAAGGAUCCUUUACCAGUGAAACCGUGGAAUGGUACUAUAGACGCUUCUAAACCUCCUCCAGAAUGUAUGCAAAAAGCAGAGACAUCUAAUGACGUGACAGGAAAAGAAGACUGCCUAUACUUGAAUGUUUUUGUUCCAAAGGAAGUAUUUUCGCCUUGCUCUCGUAAAUUGCCAGUACUGGUUGGUAUUUAUGGGGGCUCAUUUACAUCCGGUGGUAGUACAGAUUACGCCCCCGAUUAUAUUAUGGAGAGAGAUAUCAUAUUCGUAAUGAUGAAUUAUCGAGUGGGUGUCUUAGGGUUUUUCGGUCUGAACAACGACGAACUUAGCGGAAAUUUCGGCCUGAAAGACCAAUCUCUAGCUAUCAAAUGGGUUACAAAAAAUAUCGACAGUUUCUGCGGUAAUCCUGCCAACAUAACGUUGAUCGGAGAAAGUGCUGGCUCAGCUUCUACUCACUUACAAAUGUUCUCACCACUCAGCAAAGGACUUUUCCAAAGAGCGAUUAUGCAAAGUGGCAGUGCGUUUUCUCAAUGGGCCGUUGUGCAUGAAAAUUCCGCCAAAGAGAGAAAUGAACAGCUUCUAAACGUAACCGGAUGUUCGUCAAAAGAUACUCUAGCAGUGCUCAAGUGUCUGCAAAGUAUUCCAGAACAAGAUAUUCAAGCGAUUGUAAUCAAAGAAAAUAUCGCAUUUCGGCCCAUCGUAGAAUCAAAUGUUACAAAUGGCCCGUUUUUGCCACUAAAACCUUCUCCUGAUACGUAUCAGACUCGUGUUCCAUGGCUUACUGGGAUCACUUCUGGAGAAGGUGCAUGGUUUGUGCAAGGAAGUUUCAUGUCAACUGGUGGACUAUUAGAUGUGAGGAGAAUAAACCAAAACAAGUUGCUAUACAUGCCAGAAAUAAACUUCUACAGACACACAGCCAAACCCGAAGACCUGAGUACAAUUUCUCAAAAAAUUAUCGAUUAUUACUUCGGUACCGAAGACAUCGGUUUGGAUACAGCAGCGGAAGUAGUUGACAUGCUGACUGAUUCGGCCAUAUUUUACCCUUUCAUGAAAACUGUACAAUCGAGCAAUGAAACGCAAUACCUGUACUUGUAUGACCACGAGGGAAUACCCACUCUGGAUACAUUCAAGAAUUUAACUGUUUAUUUGGGCAUUGCUCAUGGUGACGAUCUCCCUCUGUUAUUCCGCAAUGCAUCAUACGAAUCUCAAUUUACCCCGAAGGAUAAAAAAGUAUCGAACAAUCUUCUUAAAUUUUGGAUCAAUUAUGCUAUAUCAGGAGAUCCUAAUGCGAACUCGGUGAAAAAAAUAUGGAAGCCUGUGCAAACCGAGAACGCGGAAUAUUUGCACAUCAAAGCAGAUUCCUUGACUAUGGAAAAAAAUCUUUACCAGGAUAGGUUUAAUUUCUGGGAAUCAUUACCAUUGGGAUGGUAUUGAACGACAUGAUUUACACAUACCUAUGAAGAAAGCGUUACCCACUUCGUUAUUUUCAAUUUUUAUUCAUAAUUUUUUAAUCUCAUUAUGAUUGUAACUGAGUCACGUUUGAUCAAUUUUUUGUGUCAUUGCUAAAAAUCUGUAUCUAUACACUAUUUAUCUACAAACUUUUAAAAUAACGUAGAUACCUAGUCGUAUUUUCAACAUUGCAUCAACGAUAUGUUGAAGCACUGAUGUGGUUUUCUACAUUUAGGUACGUGAUUCAGUACGUCAAAUAAAACAUGAUAGGUACCUUAUCAUGGAGCACUGCAAAUACACACAUCAUAUCGUAGAAUAAUUUUCACCUACGAAGCUAAGUUGAAAUCAAAUGAGGAGAAUAAAAUUAAAACUCGAUUAUGUAUA